CAUCUUUUGUCCUCUUGCGUUGUUUCUUUUUAGGAGCCGUCUUAUUUUUGUGUCCGCUUCUCUCUGAGGAGCCACCAGCUGGACGGGGUUUUAGCGGUUGGCAGGAUCCAUGACCUAGUUAAAUAUGGACUGUGAACAGGAAACAGAAGAGGAAUGAAUGACCAAUGGGAGCUCUACUUACUUUCUGCCCAGGCUUUUCCUUUUCAAUGGUGUAAUGAGAGCUCUGGUCAUGGACAGAUGAUGGACGUGGAGACGUCGUACUCGGACUUCAUCAACUGUGAUCGCACAGGCCGCAGGAACGCCGUGCCCGACCUCGCAGGCAAAGGGGAAGGGGAAGGGGCGGCCAGCACCAGUGAGCUCGCCAAAGACCUGGCAGAGAUGGACCUGAAGGCUGCGGAAGGAGACCCGGGGGCCUCCCCAGCCCCUAAGGUCGAGGGCUCCACCAGCCAAGAAGCCCAGGGAGGUGGAGGUCCAUCCUAAACGAAGCCGAGGAGUGAAGAGUGGAGAGGAAGCUAGUGAACGUGGAGAGACAUGGAGGAAGGAUAGCGAGUGCACAUUGGUCGUCCCGGGCCUGGACGCAAGGACGCGGCCUGUCUGGAGCAUCGGGCGCCCCAAAUGUUGGCCGUUUCAUUGGCUCAGAUUGUAACGCGGGGAGCGGAGCGGUUUAUUGAGAUGUCGCUCCACGCUCUGUUAAGUCAUUUAUGUUACCGACCGGACAAGGAAACGCCGAAACCCCGGGAGCCGCGUCUGUGGAGAGGAACCGAGCUGAAAAGAAAUGAAUUUACGACACACUCGCAAACAUUGUUUCCGGGCCUCGUGUGGGACGGCGUCACGGAGGGCGUAUUCAUAAUCAUGCGUUUGUCUUUUUCUUUCUACGUACGCGCGCGUUUGUGACGCUAUUGUCCUCGUCAUUUUUUUUUUUUUAGUAACAAGACAUAGUCGCCAUUAUGCUGUCGUGUACAGACUUCAUAUUUAUUGCUUGAUGUUCAGUGAUAACUUUGUGAUAGCCAAUUUCUUUGUGUAAUAAAAUACUUAUGAAUUACUGUCAAA